GGUUCUCUCUCUCACCAGCAGCGCGUGGCUAUAAACCCCGCAAGAGCGCCGCGCGAGCUCAGUUGUGCGCGAGUGGCGGGAAGCAGAGAAGUCCUCGCGCUUCUAGCGCCUUUAACUCUCUCACGCGCAGCAGCGCGAUCACAGCGAAGCCACUUCGAGAAUGGACGACAGGGAACCGUCCGCCUCGCUGGUCAUCUAAACCCCGUCCGGGCUUGGCGAGACAUGCAGGCGAACAGCAGCGUGUCGCCGCUCGGCUCCAGCCCAUGCGCCCUGGGCGCGGACGAGGGCGACGACCCGUGGAACCGGAGCGAGCUCUCGCUGCGCUGCUGGCUCCAGCUGCUCUCCAAGGACCCCGCCGUGGAGGCGCACGCGGACGGCGCGAGCGCGGCGCUGCGCGUGGCCAUCGCUCUUGUGUACCUGGUGGUGUGCGCGCUCGGCCUGGUGGGCAACGUGCUAGCGCUGUGCGUGCUGCGCUCGCGCCACGGCCUGCGGCGCUCCUCCAUCAACUGCUUCGUAAUGAGCCUCGCGGCCACGGACCUGCAGUUCGUCCUCACGCUGCCCUUCUGGGCUGUGGACACGGCGUUGGACUUCCGCUGGCCCUUCGGUAAGCUCAUGUGCAAGCUCGUGAGCUCGGUGACCACCAUGAACAUGUACGCCAGCGUCUUCUUCCUCACAGCCAUGAGCGUCGCGCGCUACUGCGCGCUGGCUUCUUCGCUGCGCACGGUCCCGGACGCGGCCGCGUGCGCUGGCGGCGGCGGCGCCCGGCGCGCCAGCGUGGCCAUCUGGCUCGUGGCGCUGGUCGCCACGCUGCCGCACGCCGUCUACUCCACUACGGCGCGCGUGGCCGACGACGACGAGCUGUGCCUCGUGCGCUUCCCGGACACGGGCGGCUGGGACCCGCAGCUGCUGCUCGGGCUCUACCAGACGCAGAAGGUGCUCCUGGGCUUCCUCGUGCCACUGGUGGUGAUCUGCGCGUGCUACCUGCUGCUGCUGCGCUUCGUGCUAAAGAGGCGCGUGAGUAGCGGCGCGCUGCCCAGCUCGGAGGAGCGCGAGCGCGGCCGGCGACGGCGCCGGUCGCGCGUCACCAAGUCCGUCACGGUGGUCGUGCUGUCUUUCUUCGUGUGCUGGCUGCCCAACCAGGCACUCACGCUGUGGGGCGUGCUCAUCAAGUUCGACCUCGUGCCCUUCAGUAAGGCCUUCUACAACGCGCAGGCCUACGCCUUCCCGCUCACCGUGUGCCUCGCGCACACCAACAGCUGCCUCAACCCAGUGCUCUACUGCCUCGUGCGUCGUGAGUACCGCGCCGGGCUCAAGCAGCUGCUGCUUAAGGCCGCGCCGUCCGCGCACACCCUAGCCAGGCUCACGCGCAGGGGCAAGAAGGUGGCCGAGGCGCCGCCGCCGCCCCCGUCUACGCAGGGACUGGCCGUGGUGCGCGUGGACGGAGGGUUGUGAAAGGGGCGCGCGCGCAAACAUGAAGGAUUUUAGGAAUGCGCUCGAAACCUGGGCGACCGGGACGGUCACGCAGCAGCACCAGGAGGGGAGGAAUUGCCAGGUGUUCACAUGCAGCAGGGCGCGCGAGCUGUGAUGAGAAGUUUAACAGACAUUAAGGGGCUUAACUGGUAUAAUCCACAGGAAAGCGCUGGGAUUCAGAAACUUCACAGCUCUGCAAACCUCAACUGACUCUACUAAUCCCGAGGACGCGGGAGCGCGCAAUGGCUUUAAUGAACUAGUAAAGUAAUCCUGACUUUGACUUUGUAAACAGUUGAAACAGGGUAACCUGCCAGAGAGAGGGUGGGGGGUGGGGGGGGGGGUAACACUCCUCUGCAGUCUUACUUUUCUUUUUUUUACUGUAGUCAUGUUGGAUUUUUCGUUAAUCUUUUUCACUGUGGACUCUUCGAUGUUUCGUGUUUCCCUGCCGUGAAGACUUGAGGCUUGAACUGUUCGAACCUUUUCAUCCAGCAGGCGGUCCUUAGGCGCACUGCACAUACUCAGCAGAAGCCACACAGGCAAGCAUGCACGCCCGCACAUAGACUGUACAUGGAUCAUUCUACUGAACUGUUUAAAGCCAGAGUUCAAAACACAUUUUGGACUUGUAACUGACUUGGAGUUUAGACUAAAAUGCCUUUGCUGUGACAAAACAGUCCUAACACGGUCAACACCUUACCUAAUGUUUAGUGACUGUUUCGGUAGUGACAAAGUGCUAGCCAGUGCAUGACUAGCAAACACAGCUUUGAACAGCUGUACACACAAAAAUACACACAUUUUUCAUUACAUUUCAUUUCAUUUUCAUUUGGGGCAUUUUGCUAUCUUCAUUAAUGCCUUGGCUUUAAAUAGAUCAUAACACCCUUGUAACAUUCCCAGAGUUGUUGGUGUAGUGUAGUGGUUAACACCUCUGCCUUCUAUGCUGUAGACUAGGGUUCAGUCCCCCACCAGGGCAAGCACCCUACACUAUACCAAUAAGGGUCCUUGGGCAAGACUCCUAACACCACCUUUGCCUACUUGUGUAAAAUGAUCAAACUGUAAGUCGCUCUGGAUAAGAGCGUCAGCCAAAUGUAAUCGGCAUAGUCGUGAGAAUUCCUGGUGGGGUGCUUAGUGUGAGCUAAUAUAAACUCACGCCUAUAGCCCCGGAACGCUCAGACUAUAAAUGUUACAUCCGUGUGUAUGUGUGGAGAUUUAGGGAUUAAACCAGCAGCCUUCAUGUGGAACAGCCAUGGUUUACCAAUUGUAACUGCCACUCAUACAGUGGGUCAUGAUAACAUUACUCUAAUGACCUGUUCCACCUGAAAUGAUGCAGUUCCAUUCAGACGCUUGUACAGGUCCUUCCAUGUAGCUUCCGCACUAUUUAAGGCAGAAUGGAGAUUCAAAUAAGAAUCUAACAAAAUCCCAGAGAGGUUCAAAUUCAGCAUGACAGUAGUGGCUGACACGACAGGCAGCUCUCUACCGAUUUCAUCACUGUGCUUUGCAUUGUGAAUGUAGAGGUUGUUGUUUGAACAUCACGUGAAGAUGGACAGCUGCAACAACAACAGAAUGAAAGAGCUACUUAAAGAGGAUGAGGACAUAUCCGAGCAGGUAGGCAGUGAGAAAAGCUGACCUUAACUUACAUGGCUAGCAUUAGCUAGCAUUAUAUAUUAGGACUGUAAAUGUUAUACAGACGUUUAAAAGCUUUCAGCAGUUAUUAUUUUACCACUAACUAGCCACCUUGGGCCUCUCAGUGUGGCUGUGUUUACAUGCAAAGAUUUUUGCCAGUCCAAUUGAAUAUAAUCCGAUUACAGAUUCAGACUGAGGUGUUAAUGCUCACUCUGAAAGUCUUCGUUUACAUGCUCACUGCAAUAAUCAGAUGGAAAAUGACGCGCAUGCAUGGAGCAGCGCUUAGAGUAAACGUUACCAUACCACGUUCCAGUAGGUGUGAGAUGAGUUUCUAGUUGACGCGCUUGUGUUUUUAACUGCUUUAAACUGAUGUCAGACUCAGAAAAGCAUCUUUCACCUGUACUUAUAAAAGAAGUGGCGAGAGGAAGACGUCGUGCUCUGAGACACAUAAGCUGGACGUCCAUCCCACCGCUGUCUUUUGAAGCUGAGAGCAUAAACUUUGUCUCGCCAUGUUGAAUGGUAUAAACUUUCGCUAUGACGCAACGCGCAUGUGCUGAACGUACUUAUACGUUCCGAUUAGAAUGUAAUCAGAUUCAGGCGUUUACACUGCCGUUAUUCUCCUAUUUAGCAGAUUAUUUACAGGAUUACCCACCUCGUUCAAUCAGAUAGCCUCCGAAUGGUCUCAAUAGGACUAGACUUUUCCUAGACUAUUGAGGCGUUUACCUGGACUUAUUCUGUUCCAAUUGAGCUAUUAGUCAGAUUAUUAAAGGAUUAAUAGGCUGCAUGUAAACGUGGCUAGUGCAGCAUAUAAAUAGUAAAUAAGAGGAAGAAAUGAAGAGGAUGGAAAUGCACAGUUUUUAGAAAAAAGGUAUUUUGCACAAAAUUUUGUGUGUGUGUGUGUGUGUGUGCGUGUGUGUGUGUGUGUGUGUGUGUGUGUGUGUGUGUGUGUGCAGAGGUUGAGCAGGGCUGAUAUGCAUCAUGUAAUUCCUGGUGUAAAAACAAGUCCCACUCUGGCCCUGCUUGUAAAUAUUUCAACACAUAAUUGUUUCUUUAACUAUUUUUUUUAGUGCAGUGCAAACUAAUUCGGUAGAAUGGUCCAUAUACACACAUGCACAGAACAAGAAUCACACGUUUUCAGGCAUGAAAAACAUUUGGCUGGACCGAGCCAUUUCACACCCACAUCACCAUGUCACUUCUAGUCCAUAAUGUAUAUAUAUUAGGACUUUUUUAGGGGAGCAUGCAGUGUCCAUUGUGUGUGAGAUCCGUCUCAAGCCUCCUUCAGAAAAUGCAAUAUGUACCACAUUAAAAUUGAGGUCAAUUAACACUUACACUCACACACACGCACACACAACACAAACCCUGCUUCACUCCUCUGCCCCUCUUCACAUGAAGAGCUUCUUGACUUGAAUACUGAAAGUGGCAUGAAAGGCUUCGGCUGCCUGCCUGAGUUCUAAUAUAAUCAUUAUGACAAAUUAGACUGUAAUUCCUGCAUAGAAAACACCGCAUGUGUUGCUCCUCAUAUUCAGUUCAUUAUUUUGGUUUAUACUGGAUGUAAAUGACUCGAGUGUAAAUA